AUGAGGGCUCAGAUUCGUAGGAGGGGUACAAGGAGGAAUCCGUUUUGUAGGAGGGGUACAUUGAGUGAGUUUCCAGACGAGUUGUUGCUGAAGAUACUGUCUUUUCUUCCUAGUAAAGAUGUUAUAGCCACGAGUGCCAUUUCAAAACGGUGGAAGUCUCUUUGGAAGGAGGUAAAUACAUUCAGAUAUGAUGAUACUCGUCCUACUUUUAAAAUGUUUGCGCUAUUCAUUAGAAGCAAAUCAAGUGUAGACAUCUUGCAGCUCAAGUUUAGCCCAGGUCUUUCGGUAACCGCUGAUAUCAACCCUUUGGUUGAUGAUGCAGUUGCUCGCUCUUUGAGAGAGCUGAGAAUAGAGAUGCUUUACAUAUCCUAUGAGUUGCCCCAAAGCUUGUAUUUCUAUCCACAACUUGAAACCCUCAUACUCCAGAAACUUAGUCUUGAGGAUAUUCCAUCUAACGUUUCUUUGAUUGGUGUCAAGAAACUCCACCUUUUAUCGGUUAGAUUCUCAAGCGACGAAUCAGUGAUUAAGCUUCUAAGCAUAUGCCCACUUCUUGAAGACUUGGUAGUGAGAAGAAGCUUGUAUACCAAUGUGAUGAUAUUUACUAUUGAUGUUCCUACAUUGAAGAGUUUAUGCAUCUAUAAUUGGUCUGGGAAGUCAAGGCCUGAAGGGGUUCAUGGGUUUGUGAUCAAUGCACCUGCUUUGAGGUGCUUUAGCAUUAAGGAUAGCUUCAGCAACUAUUUACGGUUUGGUAAUAUGCCGGAGCUGGUCAAGGCGAGUGUCAACAUUGUUUGUGACCAACCUGAGGACAUUCUAGGCUCUCUUGUCUCAACAAGAUAUCUCUCUCUGUGUUUACAGUCUCCAUAUCUUCAUCUCGCUACUUCCUUUCUCUUUCUUGACCACCUAGAGCUAUAUGCAUGUCCUUCCCACUGGUGUAAUUUACUCAAAGACACUCCAAAACUUCGAGUUCUCAAGUUGUAUCAGAACAACGAGACGGCUGCUCCUUGGAACCAGCCAAAUUCUCUUCCCGAAUGUUUGUCAUCCCAUCUGGAGAUCUUCGAGUGGAGACAGUACAACGGCACCGACGAAGAGAGAGAAGCUGCAAAGUACAUCCUAGCAAAUGCGAGUUGUCUAAAGAAGGCGACAUUCUUCUCAAAAUCUGCAAAGAAAGUUGAUAUGCUGAAGGAGUUGGAGUCUGUGGCAAGAGGCUCAAAGACUUGCAUGCUUGUGUUUGAGUGA